AUGAAGGCCUUCGCUGCUGCCCUCCUGGCGGGGGUCGCCACGGCUGCUGUUGCUCCCCAGCAACAACCGCUUCAACUCCCCAAAUCCUUCCCCAGCGAGGCCAAGAGUGUCCUCGACAACCAGCUCCAUCAUCUCAAGGACGCCCUCCGCGGACUCACCGUCGAGGCCGCAGCCAUCUGGGAUGAAGUGGCGGCCUUGUACCCCGAAGACAUGAGCGCGGCCAGCUUCUUCUCAACCCCAAAGAAGCACACUCGUCGACCGGACCAUGAAUGGGAUCACAUCGUUCGUGGGGAAGACAUCCAGAACGUCUGGGUUGACAAUGCCAACGGCGAGAAAGAGCGUCGUAUCGACGGCAAGCUUGACACAUACGACCUUCGGGUCAAGACCGUGGACCCGAGCGCGCUCGGCGUCGACCCCAACGUGAAGCAGUAUUCGGGAUACCUGGAUGACAAUGAAAAUGAUAAGCAUUUGUUCUACUGGUUCUUUGAAUCCAGGAACGACCCUAAGACCGACCCGGUCGUUUUGUGGCUCAACGGCGGCCCCGGCUGCUCGUCGUUGACCGGACUAUUCCUCGAGCUUGGGCCUUCGCGCAUCAACGAGAAGCUGGAACUUGUGGCAAACCCGUACUCUUGGAACGACAACGCCAGUGUCAUCUUCUUGGACCAGCCGGUGAACGUCGGAUACUCGUACUCGAGCUCCAGCGUCUCCAACACAGUGGCUGCCGGCAAGGACGUUUAUGCCCUGCUGACCCUGUUUUUCGAACAGUUCCCCGAGUAUGCCAGCCAGGAUUUCCACAUUGCAGGAGAGUCCUAUGCUGGACACUACAUUCCAGUGUUUGCGUCCGAAAUCCUAUCACACAAGAAAACCAAUAUCAACCUCAAGUCUGUCCUGAUUGGCAACGGGCUUACCGAUGGGCUGACCCAGUACGAGUACUACCGACCAAUGGCCUGCGGUGAGGGAGGAUGGCCCGCAGUGCUUGACGAGCAGUCUUGCCAGGCCAUGGACAAUGCCUUGCCUCGGUGUCAGUCUCUGAUCCAGAACUGCUACGAUAGCGAGAGCGUCUGGUCGUGUGUUCCGGCCAGCAUCUACUGCAACAAUGCACUGUUGGCGCCUUAUCAACGCACCGGCCAAAAUGUCUAUGAUGUGCGCGGCAAGUGUAAGGACAGCAGCAACCUAUGCUAUCCCGAGCUUGGCUGGAUCAGCAAAUGGCUCAACGAGGAGUCUGUGAUGAAGGCCCUGGGAGUGGAAGUGGAGGGCUACGAUUCCUGCAACUUCGACAUCAACCGCAACUUCUUGUUCCAGGGUGACUGGAUGCAGCCCUUCCAUCGAUUGGUCCCUGGACUGAUCGAGAAGCUCCCGGUGUUGAUUUAUGCAGGUGACGCCGACUUCAUUUGCAACUGGCUGGGCAACAAGGCGUGGACCGAGGCGCUUGAAUAUCCUGACCACAAGCAGUAUGCAGCGGCCGAGAUGAAGGACCUACGCAUGGACGGCAGCAAGGACGGGCGGAAGAUCGGAGAAGUCAAGUCACAUGGCAACUUCACCUACAUGAGGAUCCACGCGGGCGGGCAUAUGGUUCCCUUGGACCAACCCGAGGCCAGCUUGGAGUUCUUCAACCGGUGGCUAGCGAAGGAAUGGUUCUAG